AUGGCCAAGCAGCAGGCUCAGAAGCCACAGAAGGACAAGAAGAAGCCCUUCCAGGUCGGCCCGAAGCUCGGCAAGGGGCAGUACACCGGUCAUGCGCAACGCAUCAAGCGCACUUUGAUCCACAAGGCUAAGGUCAAGAAGUCCUACGCAAAGGCGCUUAAGGAGGCAGGGUACGAGCCUGAACGGCCGGCAGCCAGGGGAGACAAGGGCAAGGGGAAGGCACGGCAGGACGACGAGGACGACGGCGAGCCGGUCGUGGACGAGGCGGAGAAGGAGGCGGAACGGGAGCGCUUGCGGCGACGGCUGUACGGCGACGACGAUGCUUCGGACGCAAAUGAGCGGAGCGACGAGGAUGGGGACAGCGAGGACGAGGGGCGGGGCAGGUCGGCGCGCUUCCAAUCGCAGCGGAGACGAGGCAGCGACGACGAGUCGGACGACGAUGGCGGGUCACCAUCCCCUUCACCGGAACCUGAAUCCGCUCGACGCUCUCGACAACCUCUUCCUCCGCAGCACCUUGCCGCUUCUCUCGCCUCUUCUUCCUCUUCCUCUCGGCCUCGACAACGUCAGCCGAAGCCUGCGCCUCCCAAACCGGCCAAAGCCGCACCAGCUGCUCCACCCAAACCGAAACGGCCGAAGCUGUCGGAGAAGCAGGUCGAGGCGUUGCGGGAACAGCGGCGGCAGGAAAAGCGGGCGGGUGGACAGCGGAACGCGCGGGGUCAGGCGAAGCUGGGAGGACGGAUAGAGCAGAUGUUGGGUCGGAUCCGGCGGUCGAUGGAAUAA